AUCAACUAUUUAAAAAAAAUAAAAGAGGCCCAAUUUACAUGAAGUAGGCGUGACCUAUUUGGAAAAGCAUGAAAUCAAAAUAUAAAACCACAGUGUAUACGCCACUUUUGACCGAGACGACACUGAGAGAAAGAAAAAAAAACGACAGAAGCUUUGGAGGAAUCCAACGGGAGGAAAUUAAGAGAGAAGAGAAAGGAGAAAAUUCCAGCCAUCAUCUACUCCAAAUUUACUCCAUGGUUUCUAGGGUUUUAUCUCCAUUUAUCAUUGUUCUUGGUUUAAUUAUGUUAGGGUACUUAAUUCGUGUUCUUACGGGUGAUAGCCAUCUACCACGUCUGGACUCGAAGACGAAGGAGUGUUUUAUUUGUGGUAGUAUCUUUCUAACUCCUUGUGUUUUUUUUAAAGUUUGCUAGUACACAUUCGAGCACACACUUUUUCUAAGACUAACCCCGAAGUUGUCGAGAGUCUCGCUUUCGGUAGAAUUGUUAUAUUUGAGUUGUGCUUGGUUUCUUUUCUGUUGUGUAGGUGUUCUGGAAAAUUGAAAACGGAAAAAUAAAAAAACAGUGGAUGCAAACCAGAUCUAAGGGUACACCGUAAUUUGGGUUAUUGAUACAUCAUAGAAGAGGACAGAAUUCAGCUGUGAUUGAUACACACUGGAGAAAAAAUCCAAAUUUUGAAACAAAUUUUGAGAGUAGGAGUCGAUGGCCGAGAACAAUGACAAUGCUCCUCCUGUGGAAAAGUUUGGAGAUACUGUCAGAUCGGGAGUUGAUCAUCCGGGAAAUUUCGCCUAUGCUACGGAUAACAUAAGCAUCCCACCUUACUACAUCAGCUUGGUGAAUGGUGGCACCUUGUUCCAUGGUCGUGAAGACGAAGAGCCCAUAAGCCACCUCAAUGCAUUCUAUAAGUUGACCAUGAACCACAGACCUGCAAAUGUACCACAUGAUAAUAUCAAGAGAGCUCUCUUUCCUUUUUCGUUGAGAGACAAAACACGAGAGUGGUACGACUCACUUUCGGGGUACAAUGUGGCGACCUUUGAAGAUCCGAAAUCCAAGUUUCUCCUGGAAUAUAAUUCACCAAUGAAGAUCGAGAGAUUGAGGGAUGCCAUCACAUCUUUUCAACAGCAAGAUGAUGAAUCUUUUGCUGAAACAUGGAAAAGGUUUACUGAGAUGUUGAGAAAGUGUCCCAGCCAUGGUCUUGCUCCUGGUCGUGAUCUUGUCAAAUUUUACCAAGGCUUAAACAAUGAAAGCAUGGGACUUAUAAAUGCAAGUACUGGUGGAGAUCUUGAUAAUAAGACACAUGAGGAAGUGAGGACCUUGUUUCAAAAACUAGCAGGUAAUCAAAGAAACUGGUACAAUCCAAGGAGAGUGGUUGAGAAGAAAGGAAAUACCUUUGGAGCUUCAGUAGAAUCUGAAAGAAUGACAGCGGUUGAGGCACAACUAGCUAAUAUUAGCACCCAAAUGGCAUCGGUGGUUAAAGCAGUAUCUUCCAUUCAGCUGAACCCACAACCUCAAAUUGUUGCAAUGGUUAAAUGUGGACUGUGCCAAGGUGGGCAUCACACAGAUCAAUGCCAAAUGAUCCAAUCCCAAGAAACAGUUGAAGAUGUGAAUUACAUAGGCAAUAACCGCCAAGGUUUUAGCCAAGGGUGUCAAUUCAAUAACAAUCCUCAGAACUGGAAGCCUCAACAAUAAGAUAAUUGGAACCAAGCUGGGUCAAGUAACAAUGGUGGGAACCAAUGGCGAAACAACUCCCCCUGGUUUUGAUAAGAAACCUUCACUACAAGAUCAGAUGGGACAGAUAUUCGCUUUCAUGUCAAAGAGUCAAAAAGAGAAUGAUUUCUUCAAAGAGAAAACAAUUGAGAAGUUUGGACAGCUGGAGGCCUCUAUGAGGAAUUUGGAAACACAAAUAGGGCAGCUUGCUACAGCUUCUCAUACAAGAACUCCCGGCACCAUUCCAAGUGAUACAGUACCCAACCCCAAGGGAAAUGAACAUUGCAAAGCAGUCACCCUGAGAAGCGGAAGAAAUUUGGAUUCAAUGCCUUUAAUGGACGACCAAGGUACUUCCGGCAUCUCGCACGCAGGGGCGGACGAGAUGUUAGGCUUGCAUUCCUCGCACGCAGGGGCGGACGAGGCAUGUAAGGGAAGUCCCGCGUUGGUGCAGGAUGCCCAACAUGGUCAAGAAAAGGCUGCAUCCGGCAGCAAGGAACAAGACGAUGAAUCUAAGUUAAAUGGAAGACUUACAUCAGGAGAUAAAGACAAAAAGGUCAAUGAGACAGAACCUAAGAAGAGCAAGUCCAGUAUUCCUAACGACAUUCCACCGCCUCCAUAUCCAUUCACGAGAAAGAAGCGAGUGCGGCAAGAAAAGUGUUUUGAGUAGAUGGUGAAUGUGAUUAGAAAGGUAAAUGUAGACAUCUCAUUGGUGGAUCUUUUCACCAAUUUCCCAAGAUUCUCCAAGUUCUUAAAAGACAUGAUGGCGAACAAGGAGAAACUUUAGGAUGGGGGGAUUGUUGCAUUGAGCACGAAUUGGUCACAGCUGAUAUCUUGAAUCAUGCCGACGAAGAGAAGUGAUCCAGGAGGUUGCAUCAUACCAUGUGAAAUUGGUAACACGAUUUUCACAAAGUGUUUAUUGGACCAAGGUUCAGGGAUCUCACUGAUGGCAUUGAAAACUGCUCGUGCCAUUGGUUUGGAGGAAAGAAUGGAGCCUAUUGACAUCGCUCUACAAUUGGUUGAUCACUCCAUAGUGAAGCCCACUGGAAUUGUUGAGGAUGUCUUGGUUAGAAUCGAUAAGUUCAUCAUUCCCUUUGAUUUUAUUGUGCUCGACAUGCCAGAAGAUAAAGAAGUGCCAAUUUUGUUUGGUAGACCAUUUCUAGCAACGGGAGAUGUAUUGCUUGGAGCAAAGGAUAACUCUGUUACAUUCAGAAUUAAUGGUGAGCAACUGACCAUCAAUGUUGAGAAGACCUAUGUUGGUGGUGAAAGUGGUAAGGAAGCAAGAGAGGUGGUCACACUAAAGAGUCCGAAAGUGUAGGCCGAGGAUGAAGAAGGUCGAGCCAACGACUAUAAAAAAGGGCGCUGAUUGGGAGGCAACCUAAGUCUUUUAUUGUUUUUUUUUGUUUUUGCUUUCAUAUAUUGGGGGUUUUAUUUGCUCAAUUCUUUCCCUCAAUAUUUAUUUUGAAUUGAGCAUUUUUUAUUUUUUUUUUGUUUUUUUUUUGUGUAGGAGUGAAGAUGGAGGUCGUAUCUCUGCUGAUGGAAAAAAGAGUUGACCAACCCACCCACCCAUGAGCUUCACAAUGAAAGGGGAGUAUCUUUAUACCCACCUUAUAUUUGUCUUCUACCUUGGGGACAAUGUAGAAUUUAAGUUUGGGGGAGGGUUGAAAUUCUGAAUUCUGUGUGUGCAUGUUAGAAUGAUUUCCUAUGGAUUGGUACUUGCUCAUACUUGUUGGGAGUCACUAAGUGGACUUAGCUUUUCCUGUGAACUUGUGCUAUGAACUUGGUUGUCACUUAUUUGCUUCUGGAGAACAAGGAGUCUUACUUGUUAAUUUAGGAAAGAGUAGUGUUCUUUGGUGUCCGAUUUCUUGAGCUAAGGAGAGAGAACUAUUUCGGUUUUGAAAAAUGAGUUAAAAAAUCUAUAUGGUUAAUUUGCAUAAUUUGAGUUGGACUUGAAUAUAUUUUGUUGAUGUCGAUGCACAAAAAUGAUCUAAGCAUUAGGACUAAAAGCUUCAUUGCCAAAAUAUCACAUGUCUGACCCUACAUAAACCCCUAGCGAGCCAGUUUGAGCCUUAUAGCCUAAUUUCUUUGUUAAAAUUUUGAAGUCACUAUACUAGCCUACAUGAUAUAUCAUGUUGUUAGCCCUUCUUUUCAGUCCUUGUCACUAAAAUUGAGGUGCUAGCACAUCUUCGGGUAGUUGUUGUUGAUGGCAAGAAAAAGGUCAUAAGUUUAGAUGCUUGUUAUGUAAUAUCCAAUUUAUGCUUGAGAAAUAAAGUGCAAAGUUGCUAAGUGAAAAAAAAGGCAGCCCGUUCAUAGAGAAAAAGCCAAGGUAAAAAAAUAAUAAUAAAUAAAUAAAUUUAGUGCUCAAAAGAAAGAAAAAAAAUAGUAACUUGAUUUGUUAUGUUGAAAAAUCUUAAGUUCGGGUGUGGUGAGCUAUGGAAAUUUCAUGCUUAAUUAUUAUGAAGCUUUGGGAGAUGUUGUCCUAUGGGAUGUGCUAGUAUUCUUGAUUUUGGUGGAAUGGGCUACUAACCAAAUUUGAUAUCUCACCUUAACCAAAAAGCCCCAUUACAACCACAAAUAAAGACCUUUUGAUUUGUGCAAAGGUAUUAACAUUUUGUUGAUGAGUUCUGCUUUGAGUUUUGUGGAAAGACCUUAUAUAUUUAAAAUAAAGAAUAGUCGAAUGAACAUCUUUUGACGAUUUAGCAACGAUGGUUUGAGACACUAGAGUCAUUGCUUGGACUUGGAUUGCUUGUUGGAUAACUAGAUCUUAGGGAGCUGGUUUGUGUUCAUACUUUCAUUCUAAAUCAUGUUCAAAGGAGAAUGUGGAGUUAGCUUAGGUAAUCUCUUGACUUGUGAGAAUUUUUAUGAUAUGAAUUUGAGGAUUUUAUGAGUCUCGUCAUGAUUUGAAAACCUUUGUGCUUGAUUGCUUAUAUUGCUCGAGGACGAGCAAAACUUAAGUUUGGGGUAUUUGAUGUAAAUCAAAUAAUGCUAAUUCUACUCAAAGAUUUCUCCUGAUUUUUAUAUGAAAAUUAUCUAUCAAUUAAUUAUUGAAGUUUAAUUAUUAUAUAUUAAUUAGUAUAUUUUCAUGUAGAGUGAUUUACGUGUGGGUGCAUAGCAAUUCUUGGAUGACUAAGUUGAUCUUUAUUGGUUUUGGCAGCAAAGUAUACAAGUGGGCCUAUCAACUAUUUAAAAAAAAUAAAAGAGGCCCAAUUUACAUGAAGUAGGCGUGACCUAUUUGGAAAAGCAUGAAAUCAAAAUAUAAAACCACAGUGUAUACGCCACUUUUGACCGAGACGACACUGAGAGAAAGAAAAAAAAACGACAGAAGCUUUGGAGGAAUCCAACGGGAGGAAAUUAAGAGAGAAGAGAAAGGAGAAAAUUCCAGCCAUCAUCUACUCCAAAUUUACUCCAUGGUUUCUAGGGUUUUAUCUCCAUUUAUCAUUGUUCUUGGUUUAAUUAUGUUAGGGUAAGAAUCUUGUGAUACUCCUAACACGCAGUAUGACAUUUUGAUUUCGUGAU